CCGGUCCCCCUAGAUCCUGCUUGGGCUUUCCCAAACCCUAAUCCUGAUCGGCGCCAGCGACUCCCUCUGCUCGAGCCGCAGCAAACGAGCGACGACAACCGCUGCUCUGCUCGAACCGUGCCGACUAGCGGCGACAACCGCCUGCUGUGCUCUCCGAUGGCGACUGUGCCAGUUAACCCAAAACCUUUCCUGAACAACCUGACAGGGAAGUUUGUAAUUGUCAAACUCAAGUGGGGUAUGGAGUACAAAGGUUAUCUUGCUUCGGUGGACUCCUAUAUGAACCUCCAGCUUGCCAACACUGAGGAGUACAUUGAUGGGCAAUUCUCUGGAAACCUGGGAGAGAUUCUGAUCAGGUGCAACAACGUUUUGUAUCUCCGAGGCGUUCCAGAGGAUGCAGAGAUACAGGAUGCAGAAUGAGAAAUCCGUGUUAGAUUGAUAAAUGUAAUAUGAUUCUGACAUGUAUGGUUGAAUAUGCCGUUGACAACUAGACCUAGCAGAUACUAGCUAUGAUCUUUUGGGUGAUGAAACGUGAUGACAAUAGGGCCCAGGUGCUGUUCAAACUGCUUUCAGUUAGACCAUGCUGCCAUUCUGCUGAAUGUGAUGAGUAUCAGCUUUCUUGAA